CAAAGCGUCCAGCUCCGCAAUCUCUGAUAUUAUUGCUGCUUUGUUUCCAAGCGUAACUCUAAAGCACCAAACCCACGAAAAACACACACUCCCCUCUCUCUCUCUUCACCCACUCACAUGCCUUCUUCUUCACACUCAUGGCUAUGCUAGCUCCUCCCUCAUGAAUUGAUUCCCCUCCCUCCAUCCAAUGCCCACCACUCCCCCAACAAUGCCGUCAAUCUCAUAUGUCACACUAUUUUUAAUUUUAUUACUACUAUCAUUCUCCGGCGGCGGCGCCGAGCCCACCGCCGACAAGCAGGCGCUGCUCGAUUUCAUCUCCAAAGUCCCCCACGAGUCCCGCCUCCGGUGGGACCCAUCCCUCUCCGCCUGCUCCUGGGUCGGCGUCUCCUGCGACGCCUCCAACUCCUCCGUGCACUCCCUCCGUCUCCCCGGCGUCGGCCUCAUCGGCCCCAUCCCGCCCUCCACCCUCGGCCGCCUCUCCUCCCUCCGCGUCCUCAGCCUCCGCUCCAACCGCCUCUCCGGCCCCCUCCCCGCCGACCUCUCCAGCCUCAAAUCCCUCCGCAACGUCUACCUCCAGCGCAACCAGCUCUCCGGCGAGUUUCCGGCGAGUCUCGCCGGGCUAACUCGCCUCAACCGCCUCGAUCUCUCCUCCAACAACUUCACCGGCCCGAUCCCCUUCGCCCUCAACAACCUCACUCACCUCACCGGCUUAUUCCUCCAGAGCAACGGAUUCACCGGAAAAUUGCCUAAUCUCUCCGCCGCGGCGGCAUCGCUCGACGCCUUCAAUGUGUCUGACAACCGCCUCAACGGCUCCAUCCCCGCCGCGCUGGCGAAAUUCCCCUCGUCUUCCUUCGCGAAUAACCUCCAAUUGUGCGGGGCGCCAUUGCCGCCGUGCAGCCCCUUCUUCCCGGCGCCGGCUCCGUCGCCUGAUCUGUCGCCUCCGCCCGGAGUAUCCGGGCAAAAGAAGCACCGGAAGCUCUCCACCGCCGCGAUCGUCGGAAUUUCAAUCGCCGGUGGAUUAUUAGCCCUAAUCCUCCUACUCGCCCUAAUUUUCUUCCUAAUUAAAAGGAAAAAAUCGAAUCAAACCGCCAAAUCAUACAAACCGCCUUCCACCGCAGCUGCCGCGGCCGGAUCAGCAGCAGCGGCAGGGGCGGCGGAGAUCGGGACGUCCUCCUCCAAGGACGACGUCACCGGCGUCUCCGGCGAAGGCGGAGAGAGGAACAAGCUGGUUUUCUUCCAAGGAGGCGUGUUCAGCUUCGAUUUGGAAGAUCUGCUUAGGGCUUCGGCGGAGGUGCUGGGGAAGGGGAGCGUAGGUACAAGCUACAAAGCGGUGCUGGAGGAAGGUACAACCGUGGUGGUGAAGCGGCUCAAAGACGUCGCCGCCGCGAAGAAGGAGUUCGAGCAGCAGCUGGAGAUGCUUGGAAAUGUCAAGCACCCAAAUGUGCUGCCGCUUAGGGCUUAUUACUUCUCCAAAGAUGAGAAAUUGUUGGUCUCUGAUUACAUGCCUGCUGGCAGCCUCUCUGCUCUCCUCCAUGGUAGUCGAGGGUCGGGGCGAACCCCACUAGAAUGGGACAGCAGACUGAGGAUAGCGGUGAGUGCUGCAAGAGGGCUCGCCCAUCUCCAUGUGUCUGGAAAGGUGGUCCAUGGAAACAUAAAGUCUUCCAACAUCCUUCUCAAACAAGACAAUCUAGAUGCUUCCGUAUCUGACUACGGGCUCAACCCUCUCUUCCUAAACUCCUCCACCCCUAACCACCGCGUCAUGGGCUACCGCGCACCUGAGGUUCUUGAGACCCGAAAGGUCACGUUCAAGUCAGAUGUCUACAGUUUUGGAGUGUUGCUAUUAGAGCUCUUGACGGGGAAGGCGCCUAAUCAGGCCUCUCUAGGCGAGGAAGGGAUUGAUCUACCAAGAUGGGUCCAGAGCGUUGUGAGAGAGGAAUGGACAGCUGAGGUGUUCGAUGUGGAGCUAAUGAGGUAUCAAGACGUGGAGGAGGAGAUGGUGCAGCUUCUCCAGAUAGGCAUGGCUUGUGUUGCUAUGGUGCCAGAUCAGAGGCCGACGAUGCCGGAGGUGUUGAGAAUGAUGGAGGACAUGAACAGGGGGGACACUGACGAAGGGCUACGCUCCUCAGACGACGCACUGAGGGGAGGGUCCGACAGCCAGACGCCUCCCCUGGAGUCGAGGGCUUCACCCCCGGGCCUCACACCAUAGGUAGCUCGGCUCGGCUCGACUCGGGUCAAGUACAGCAGCACCCGUACAAAUCUGGGAAAUAAUUGGAAGAAAAUCCUGCAACAAGUGCCAAUGGGGAUGGAUAUAGGUCUGAAUUUUGAAGAUGCAGGAUGGUCCAAGAAUGAAGAAUUGGUUAUCCCUUUAGCUCUUAUAUUCUUUGUGAAGGCCUUCUCACCUUCUCUUGUUUGAUUGUGCAAUGAUUUUUCAUUUUUUUUGUAGAGCAUAUUAGGAUUGUUUGUUGUGUUGAUUUAUUAUGUAAUCUGUUUGAGAUUUGACAGUGUCAAGGAAACAAACUGUUUUCUUCUGUUUAA